AAAACCCUCUCACCUUCCUCUUCCUCUCAACUAUGCUUUGCCGGUGACACUCUGACCGGUCGCCGGUCGCCAAUCGCCAAUCGCCGAUCACCGAUCACCAUAUUUUUGUUACCCCUUUGGGUGCUGCUACUCCCAUAAUUCACCUCAAUUGGAUUCUGGCUUUAUAUAGGAUUAAGGAACCAUUUUUGUGAACCUGAGGAUUCCAAGCUCUAGUCCUGGCACAGUGUUAGAAGCUCAUAAUGGAUUUGAAGGUUAAACGUAUAAACUGGGUGGGGAAUAUUUACCAGAAGUUUGAAGCUGUGUGCCAGGAGGUGGAUGAUAUUGUAGGCCAGGAUGCUGUUAAAUAUCUUGGGAAUCAGGUCCAGAAUGUUGGAGAUAGCAUGAAAAAGUUCUAUUCUGGAGUUGUACAUGAGCUACUUCCUUUUCCUACCUCACCCAGUUCUACAAAACAUGAAGCUCAUUCAGUGGCUUUGAAAAAUAACAUUGGAUCUUCAGUUAAGUCAGUUGCUGGUGUUAAAGAUAUUAAUAAAAAAGGGGAUGAGGAAAACCCUGUCAAUAAUUUUAUUGAGUCAUUGAAGGGUUCCAAUAAAAUUGAUCUUGCUAAUGAUCAGCAAGCUGGUGGUCCCAUCAAGCAUGACCUUGUAAAUCAAGUUUGUGAUGAAACUUGCUCAGAUUCCUUAGAUGUGGAAGAUUCUUACAUAACUCAGGAUGUUGGAGAUAGUGUGAAAAAGUUCUAUUCUGGAGUUGUACCUGAGCUACUUCCAUUUCCUACCUUGGUCAGUUCUACAAAAUAUGAAGCUCAUUCAGAGGAUUUGGAAAACAACAUUGGAUCUUCAGUUAAGUCAGUUGCUGGUGUUAAAGAUAUUAAUAAUGAAGGGGAUCAGGAAAGCCCUGUCAGUAAUUUUAUUGAGUCGUUGCAGGAUUCCAAUGUAAUUGAUCAGCAAGCCUGUGUUCCUAUCAAGCAUGACCUUGUAAAUCAUGUUAGUGAUGAAACUAGCUCAGAUUCCCUGGAGGUGGAAGAUUCUUACGUAACUCAGGAAGCAGUUGGUGAUGACUCAAGAGAAACUUGUGGGGCUAAAAAUGAAAACUUGCAUGUAAGCAUUGAAGAGAUUGCCGUAGAGUCUGCACCUAAACUGAUGAUUUUGAUAUCUGUUAAAGAGAAAGAACCCCUUGAAUUCUCAAUACAUAAUGAAUCCUAUUCUGAUUCUUCUGGUAGUGGAUGUGGAGUUUUGCUCAAAACGAAGGAUAAUAUAGAUUUGAAUGCAGAACAAAACUCAUGUUUGAUUGUUGAAGAAAAUGCUUUGAGUUCAUCUAGCUCUGAAGUGUUGAAUUUCACGUCUCUUGGUGAGAAAGAAUCGACUAAAGUCUCCUUAUUCAGUAAAUUGUCAGAUGCUUUUGAUAAGGAUACAUGUGGUAUACUAGCUGAAGAUUCACCUGCUGCUUCUGUUGUGUCAUGCAAAAGGCCACCAAUGAUGGAACCUCUUUGCUUUAAAAGUUCCUUUGAAAUUGAAUCUUGCAGAAACAAUUCAGGUGAUUUUGCUUCGUAUAUUUCUGAUAGUUCCGCGGUACAUGUAUGUUGUGAACCAUCCCUCCAUGUAUCUGGUCAGAUCAUGGAAUCCCAGGGUGGACUUGUUUCCUCUGGCUGCUGUCAAUCAAUGCAAUCAAAGGAUGAAUCACUGGUCAGUUCUAUUGAUUUAAGCUUGGAAGACAUUCAAUUGAACAAUGAUGCAAAGCUUGAGGAAAGUUGUGUAUUUGUGGAUGAUAGUGAACUCCGUGCAGUCUCAUACAGAGCCCAAAAGCUUAGAUCAUACAGGAAAAGAAUCCAGGAUGCAUUUGCUUCUAAGAAGAGGUUAGCAAAGGAGUAUGAACAGCUAGCAAUAUGGUAUGGAGACACUGAUAUUGAGCUCAGUCAAGGUUUAUCACAAACACUCUUUCCAUUUAGCUCCAGAACAUGCGUGGACUCAAAGGAUUUGCAAGUGCAGCAUGCUUCUGAAUCUGAGUGGGAGCUGCUGUAAUUAUAAUUACGAGGCAUGUAGAUAAUAAUGGACCAAUUGCAUUGGCUCUUUUAUUUUGCAAAUGUACAUGUUGAAGGUGGUAUAGUACUUGCUGAGAAUAGCAUUGUUUAGGUUUCCAUGGAGAACAUGCUAAUAAUAACUUAAAUAAGUUAUUUGUGGUCAUAAUUGUCAACGAAGCGUUGGUUCUUUGAAAAUAGUAUCGACUUAUUGAUUGUUAGUUAAUCAAUUUCUGCUAUGAGUACAAAAGAGUGCUGGACUUUGUAAAUAAAUGUAGAAUGAUGAACUCAUGAAAA